GUGAAAGUAAAAGUUUGUCUGAGCCACAGCAGAGCUACAGUCGAGACUUGUCUCUCUGUUUCUUUGUCAGCUGAAUCCAGCAGGUUUUUAUUUCUCAGCAACACAGCAGGAUCUCUGCAGGACACUGAGUGUCGAUAUGGCUGCUGCCAGCUGUCUGCUGACUGAAGAUCAGUUUCUGUGCUCCAUCUGUCUGGAUGUGUUCACUGAUCCAGUCACCACACCAUGUGGACACAACUUCUGUAAAACCUGCAUCACUGAACACUGGGAUAUUAAUGUCAAGUGUCAGUGUCCAAACUGUAAAAAGCUUUACUACACCAGACCUGAGCUGUAUGUCAACACCUUCAUCUCUGAGAUGGCUGCUCAGUUCAGACAGUCAGCUCAACAGAAAGCCAGCAGCAGCAGCUCAGAGCAACAAGUUUCCAAACCAGGAGAAGUUCCCUGUGACGUCUGCACUGGAACCAAACUGAAGGCCCUGAAGUCCUGCCUGGUGUGUCUGGUCUCCUACUGUGAGACUCACCUGGAGCCUCAUCUGACGAUCUCAGGCCUGAAAAGACAUCAGCUGAUCGACCCUGUGGAGAACCUGGAAGGCAGGAUGUGUCUGAAGCACGAUAAACUGCUGGAGCUGUUCUGUAAGACCGACCAGAUGUGUGUCUGCGUGCUUUGCACAGUUUCAGACCACAAGACACAUGAUGUUGUUCCUCUGAGAGAAGAAUAUGAAGGAAAGAAGGCCGAGCUGGAGAAGACAGAGGCUGAAAUGCAGCAGAUGAUCCAGAAGAGACGACUGAAGAUUGAGGAGAUCAAACACUCAGUGGAGCUCAGUGAGGAAGAUGCAGACAGAGAGAUAGCAGAUGGUGUUCAGGUCUUCACCGCUCUGAAGGAGUCUGUUGAGAGAAGCCAGGCCGAGCUCAUGGACACCAUCAAAGAGAAGCAGAGAAAGACAGAGAAACAGGCUGAAGGCUUCAUCAAAGAGCUGGAACAGGAAAUCUCUGAGCUGAAGAAGAGAAGCACUGAGGUGAAGCAGCUCUCACACUCUAAAGACCACCUCCACCUCUUCCAAAGCUUUACUUCUCUGACCGCUGCUCCAUCCGUCAAGAACUGGACAAAGGCCUGCAUCCGUCCAUAUUCAUUUGAGGGAACUGUAAGGAGAGCCGUGAAUCAGCUGGAGAAGACGCUCAGUAUACAGAUGCAGAAGCUGCUUCCUCAGAUCAAGCUGAAGAGGGUCCAGCAGUAUGCAGUGGAUGUGACACUCGAUCCUCAUACAGCACAUCCCAACCUCAUCCUGUCUGGUGAUGGGAAACAAGUUAAAUAUGGUGAUGUAAAGAAGAAUCUUCCAAACAAUCCAGAGAGAUUUGACAUGUGUAACUUCGUCUUAGCGGAGCAGGGUUUCUCUUCAGGAAGAUUUUACUAUGAGGUUCAGGUCAAAGGGAAAACUUACUGGAAUUUAGGAGUGGCCAGAGAGUCGAUCAACAGGAAGGGAUACAAUAAACCGAAUCUUCAGAAUGGUUACUGGACAAUAUGGUUGAAGAAUGAAAACGAGUAUGAAGCUCUUCCUAACCUUGCAGUCCGUCUUUCUCUGAAGUCUCGGCCUGAGAAGGUGGGGGUGUUUGUGGACUAUGAGGAGGGUCUGGUCUCCUUUUAUGAUGUUGAAGCUGCAGCUCUUAUCUACUCCUUUACUGGCUGCCGCUUCACUGAGAAGCUCUACCCAUACUUUGGUCCUUGUACUAACAAUGAUGGUAAAAACUCUGCCCCUCUGAUCCUCUCUCCUGUCAGUCACACAGAGUAGAGCAGUGGUUCCCCACUGGUCCAUCCUGGGGUCCAGAUUUUCUCGUAGUCAUUUGUACAAGGUCCAUACGUUCAGCAUCAUACUUGCCUUUGGCCAUGUUGUCGAGCUACUUCGCUUUCUCUGUCAAGUAGUCACUUACUCUACAGUAGAAAAUUGCACUUCAAAAUAAACGCGCUGUGCUGGAAAUUUAUUGCACUUAAACAUAAAAUGAUUGACUGAAUGAAAAUGACACAUUUGUGAGUCACUUGUGGUCCGUUCAGAAUAUCCCGUGAUCCACUAUUGGACAAAGACCUACCACUUGGGAACCACUGGAGUAGAACAAUCAUUUGAUUUACUGCAGAAAGAUUCACCAUUAAGUAAUGUCAAACAUGUAUAUUUUUUGUUGAUGCCAAGUGUUUACAUUGUUGUUUUAUCAGAUUCUUAUCAAUGUGCUUUUUUGCUUUUUUUUUUUGUACAUUACAUUAUUUUUAUGUUUCACAUUGCUACUUACUACCACAAGUAUGGCUGCCCCCUAAUAGUUGACCAAACAUUGGUCGACCAUAAAGGUCAUUAGUCGGCAAGAUUUCAUUAGUCACAGAAAAAACAAACAAACAAACAAACAAACAAACGUGAAACUCUACUAGAAGCUGCGCCUUGUCAAAACGACCUCAAAACGACCUCACAUUUUCCAGGCUGGUUAAGAUGCGGCAUGUGUGCAGCCCCUAAUCUCCAGAGCUGGUACCUACGGUUAUUCCACAGGCUAGUUAAUAACAUGUCGGGCAGGAAAUCCAAAGUGUGGGAUCAUUUUGAGAAGGUGAAGGACGAGUGUGUGUGUGUGUGUGUCAUUGUGGCAAACUGUGUGCAUCUAGGUCCCUGCUCCAGCUGCAGGUAGCUCAUACAGAUCGAUGUUAUUCAUUUCUUGGGUCUUCUCCAAAUACCUCAGUUUGAAUCAUGAUAACACGGCAAAAAGUCACACAAAGCACGGUAAAUGAGAUGGAGUUUAAUUACACUGGGGUAGCCUAAUUAACAGGAAACACAGGGACAAGUAGGUUUUGAAAGAUAAAAGAGAGCGUCCUCUUGGCUUUUCACAUAGUAAUAUUAUUUUUAAAAAUAUGGGUUGCAUACAGUAGUUGUAAUUCGACCUAGUCAUAAAAUGCUACUAGGCUAAAUAGUGGCUUCGUGGAGCAUUGGCUAGCUGAUAAGCCGUCUUUCCCAAAUCUGCAGAUAUUACAGUAUUUUGGUGAUAAUCACUGCUCCUCCCCAUGGACAAAUGAAGCAUUGCAACUGGUUUUCACACAGGCCUCUAGGGGUGUUACAAGUCAGGGCUGCAUUUCCUACGUCAUCGCGAGGGAUUAAAUUAACUCCACGGAGCAAGCGGCAGGCUUGCUAUUCUUUCUCACACCUUCAACUCAAACCACCAAAAUAUAUCAUUUAAUCAUUACAUUCAUAUCAGAAACAUGCAGGAGACUAGUCCACUGAUGGACCCUGAUGAGGACUGUUGGUCCACUGAUGGACCCUGAUGAGGACUGUUGGUCCACUGAUGGACCCUGAUGAGGACUGAUGGUCGACUGAUGGACCCUGAUGAGGACUGUUGGUCCACUGAUGGACCCUGAUGAGGACUGUUGGUCGACUAGGAAAACUCUUAGUCAGGGGGCAGCCCUAACUACAAUACCACAAUGUUACUGCACUGACUAAUGUUAUGUUAUGUUAUGUACAUGAUUUGGGGCACCAGUGGCUAAAGUGGGUGUCCCAUGUGGCAUUGGCACUUGCCACAGUGGCCAUGGGUUCAAUACCAAAAAAAAAAAAAAAAAAAGUAAAUAUGUAUAAUAAUGACAUUUAUAGCAAAUAAUCAGAUACACUGCAGGCAAGAUGGCUAAAUUGCUUCUUCUUUUUAUUUAGUCUUCACUUGACAUGUUACAAACAAAGUGGUGUAUCUGCUUAUUUGCUAUCAAUCUGAUGUUUCCUGCCAUCACCUGCACCAAGUUAUGAGGACUGACCGCUGUGCACAUAUUAUAUAUGUAUGUUCAUAUAUAUAAUAAUGUAAAUAAUUUAUUCUAAUAACUGCAUUACCUUCCUUCAAGACUGUUGAAUCAUCAGAAAACAAUGUACUCAUAGAGAUUAAGUAUUGUCUGG